AUGCACAGUAAUCCUGACGAGACGGUAUUUGCAGAGGAUGCACAUGGAUUAGAAGAUCGAUGUAUAUGUGACGAUUAUAUUGAUUCUCUGUGUGAUUCUAAAAAUGGAAUGGAAGAGGUGAAAAAUAUGCUUGAGAGUAUGAGGAAGAUGCUAGAGAUUGGAGAUGAUGAAGGGAUUUCAGAGAUUGUGAUUAACGUUGUGGGUGACGAAAGCAUUUAUGCGAGGAUGAAUGAAUUAUGGAACUCUGGAGAGUGGGAUAUGGAUGAUAUUUUUUUCUAUAUUGUAAUUUGGCUCAGAAUGCGUAGGUUCCGAUUUGAUAUGAAAACAGCUGAGAAUGUCGACUUGGCGCUGAAGCAUGGAUUAUGUGUUGUUGAAAAGCAAAUCAAUAAAUGGAAGGAGAUAUGCAUGAUGUCGAUAUUGAAAGAAAUGAAGAAUUAUGCAGAGAAUGAUAUUUUAGGAUGGAACAGAGAAGCGAUUUUGAUGUUUCUAUGGAAGGUUUGUAUUGGAAGGUGUGGAGCAAAUGGCACUACGAGGGUUUUUGCAUUGAACCUGUGUAUGCAGAUGAGUAUGACUACAGAUCUAAUUGAUAUUCGAGACAUUGUUCUAAAGGUUGAAGAGAUGAAGGACUUUGAUGUUGGGGAGAUGAGCUAUGGAGAUAUGGUGAUUCUACAGAUAUAUUGGAAAAAGUCGUUUAUUGAAGGUGUUUUUUGUAAAGACAGGCAUGAAUGCGUUGUUGAGAGAUUGUUUGAUCGAUAUAUGUGCUAUGGAGAAGAUGGCAGAUAUCACACAAGGCUCAGGUUGUUUGAAUAUAAGUCUAUUGAGUCAGUGAUUCUGUGUGUAUCAUUUGUGAAGUGUUUUAUCCAAAAAUUUAAUGGCAGCGAAGACAAGUUUAAUGCAAAGGUUUUGAGUGUUUUGAUACGAAGGAUGACAGAGAUAGCAGCAGAUGCUAAAGAAAACGAGUAUUUUGGAUGUUUGUUUGGAAGCACAAAGCCAAUCGUAGUAGUUGGAACGAUGCUUCAGUCACUCGUGCUACUACUGCUGAGAAAGAUGAGUGACAAGAAGUGUGGUAAUCAGGUGAAGGCAGCAAGGAUUCUAAGUAGAAUAGAUAGAUUGGGUAUUUUGCCUGGAAAGAAGAUAAAAAACAAAAUGAUAAAGAUCGUGAAGCAACAGAUUGCACGAAAGCAGGAGGAGAUUGUGGAUGCAUGUAUCAAUGUGUUGUAUUGCAUAGAUCCAGAUGCGUUACAGAUAGAGAUGCAAAGGCCUUAUUCUAUGCCGACAAGAAGGAAGAUGUUUGAAAAGACUAAGAAUGGAAAGCAAUCUGAGGAGAGUUAUAGAACAUAUAUUGAGUUGCUAAACAAUGGAGCAGCAAAUGAUGUUGCUUAUGAAAUCAAAGAUUCAAACAUUUUUGCACGAGUUUUUCAUGCAAUAGGUAGAAGACGAGUGUGUAAAUUUCUUGAAAUAAGCAUGAAUGAAGUGAAAGAUGUUUAUGUUGCAGAGUUGGCUGUUUGGUAUUCAAAGGAGCGUCCAGAUAGGUUUGAUGUUGUUUAUAUGUCAUCGAUUCUGCUUGAUUCUGGCGAGGACAUAGUCAAGAGCAGGAAUGUUGUGUUUUAUAACUACAUAUUGAGGAUUUUGAUAAACAUACACUACAAGAUGGCGCUUGAGCUUCGUCGCAGAGUUUUUUUAUUUUUGAGGAAGUUGGUGUUCUAUGGGCCAUAUACAAAGAAUUCAGGGACGCUUAUAAAUUUUUUAGGAUAUGCAGGAAUGGAGUUUCAACGACGAACGGAUUAUUUCCUUGCCAUACUUGGAGCAUGCGGAAGUGUUUUUUUGAGAGAAUAUCUCUGUGAUUAUACCUGGUCGAUUAAUAAGGAGCUUGGACUUGUGUACAGCCUAAGAUUUGAUCCUGAGCUAGGAGUGAUGUACAAAUGGAAAAUUGAUGAGAUACUAUCCAGGAUAUGCGAUAAGGUAGAAGUAAAGGAAGCAGCAGUGUGUAUAGAGCUUCUUGUGUUCUUAAGGGAGUCGAUUGAGGAAGAAGGGAGGUGUUUUGAGUUUGCAUUUGAUGUUGUGGCAAAUAGUUGCAAGACAAUGAUCUGUGGAGCGAAUAAUGCGAAUCGAGAUGUUUGCAGGGAGUCAUGCAUGCUUCUCAGUGCAGGAAUUAUUGCAAGAGCGAUUAUUCCCGAUGUGUGUAUUCCUGUUGUAUUUCAGUGGUUGCCGGUGUCGUCAGAGAUCGUGCAAAUGUAUUUUACAAGUGUGAUAAGCACGAUUGGAAGCAUUAUUGAUAAUAAAGUUUGCAGGUUCAAGAAUGAGGGAUGUAUAAGUGAGUUCAAAACGAUAUAUGAAAUAUAUUUGAGCUCGCCAAGUAAAAUAGUGCUUGUGGAGAAGUUGAUUGAGAUUUUUGACUCAUGUGCAAUUAAAACAUAUUAUUUGAUGGUGCAGGUGAUGAGAUUUGAUAAAAGAAUGAGGAUGAAAGUGAUGAAGAGUGUUGAAGAGGCGCUUUACCUGUAUGAUUUAUCAGAAGACAGGCUUGUUAUGAAGAUAUGUGAGCUUUUUUGUUCAUGCAAUAUCAGUAGAUAUACAGAUAUUCGAAUUAGUGAUGAAAAUGUAUUAUUUUGCAAGGAGCCGGAACUUGAAGAGAUUGAAAAUCUUCAGUUAUGCAUAAUAAAAUAA